AUGGGUCCAACAUGGUUAGGAAACCAGUUUCUAAAAGAACUGAUUAUAAAGCCCAAGUUGAAGUGUAAGGAAAUGCAGGUAAUUAUCCAAAGCAGAUUCAACUACAAUGUAUCCUGGUCAAAGUGCUAUAAAGCAAAGUGUAGGGUCGUGUCUUUAAUAGAAGGGAGAUUGGGUGACCACUAUGCUAAACUAUGGGAUUAUGGUGGUGAGCUGUUGAGAUCAAAUCCAGGUCAAUGUAAGGGAGAAUUAUUAACUGCUAUUAGGAGAGAUGCAAAUAAUCAAGUGUAUCCCAUUGCUUGGGCUGUAGUUGACAUAGAGAACAAGUUAAAGUGGAAAUGGCUCUUGGAAUUAAUAACAAAUGAUUUAGAAUUGGAUGGUGGAAGGGGUAUGGCAGUAAUUUCCGAUCAACACAAGGGGCUUCUUAAGGCUACAAAGGAAGUCCUACCACUUGCACAACACAGACAAUGUGCCAGUCAUAUAUAUAUGCCAACUUCAGGAAGAACUUUCCAAUGUACAAACUGCCAGCAAAAGGGUCACAAUAAAGUGUAUUGCGAAAAUCCCAAGGUGAUCCCUGAACCAAACUCAAAGAAGAAAAUGGGAAGGCAUAAGUUGGAUCCUAAUCUUACCCAUUGGAGAAGAGGUGGAAGGGGAGGAAGAGGUGGAAGAGGAUGUGGUAGAGGUAGUAGAGGUGAGAUGGGGGAAAGUAUAAAUGGACCACAGUUUGAGGUUAAAACCGAGUAUGAGGUUAAACUGAUGUUGAGGUUAAACCUGAGUAUGAGGUUAAACCUGAUGUUGAGGUUGAACCUGAGUAUGAGGUUAAACCUGAUGUUGAGUGAUGCUGAAAUAAUGUCUACUCUUGGAAUUAAUGAAUCUCAAUUGAAGGAGUUUGGAUCUAUAAAUGUGGAAGAAGAGGUCAAUGAAGAAGUGGUCAAUGUUCAGGAAAAAGAGGUCAAUGUUCAAGAAGAGGAGAUAAAUGUUCAAGAAGAGAUUCAAAAUGAUGAGGAUAUCCAAGAAAUCGCGAAGAGGAACACCCAAGAACGUAGGAUGAGGAACACCCAACGAAUCAGGAGGAGGAAGCCAUCAAAGAGGAUAAUUGAGUUGAAGUUGAAGAAGCAAGUGGUCAGCAAAUUUGGGAUGAUUGAAAGCAAAGCACUUAAUUUAGAAUAG